AUGAACCAAAAAGUGACCAGACGAAAAGAUGAAACGAGGUUAGCAGGGAUGUCCUCGUGUAACAUGGCACCGCAGUUCAUGAAGAAUGUCAGGGCAGUGGUCAUCAGUUGGGAAGAGGCUGCAAGAGGUGUUCUAUGGAGGAUAUCAGGGCAGUGGUCAUCAGUUAGGUACCUUAAAAAACAUUUUUGUAUUCACUUGAGUCGAAAAUGUAAGAAGAGCUUUGAAAUACAGAUAAUCAACAGAUACAGACAAUCAACAGAUACAGACAAUCAACAGAUACAGACAACCAACAGAUACAGACAAUCAACAGAUACAGACAAUCAACAGAUACAGACAAUCAACAGAUACAGACAACCAACAGAUACAGACAACCAACAGAUACAGACAACCAACAGAUACAGACAAUCAACAGAUACAGACAACCAACAGAUACAGACAACCAACAGAUACAGACAAUCAACAGAUACAGACAAUCAACAGAUACAGACAAUCAACAGAUACAGACAAUCAACGGAUACAGACAAUCUAAUCUCAGGCAACAGUUCAGGCAACAGUACAGCCAACAGUACAGCCAACAGUUCAGGCAACAGUUCAGCCAACAGUACAGCCAACAGUUCAGGCAACAGUUCAGGCAACAGUACAGAAAACAGUUCAGGCAACAGUACAGCCAACAGUACAGCCAACAGUUCAGGCAACAGUUCAGCCAACAGUACAGCCAACAGUUCAGGCAACAGUUCAGCCAACAGUACAGGCAACAGUUCAGCCAACAGUACAGCCAACAGUUCAGGCAACAGUUCAGCCAACAGUACAGGCAACAGUUCAGCCAACAGUACAGCCAACAGUACAGCCAACAGUUCAGCCAACAGUUCAGGCAACAGUUCUGGCAACAGUACAGCCAACAGUUCAGGCAACAUUACAGCCAACGGUACAGCCAACAGUACAGCCAACAGUUCAGGCAACAGUUCAGGCAACAGCACAGGCAACAGUUCAGGCAACAGUACAGCCAACAGUACAGACAACAGUACAGGCAACAGUUCAGGCAACAGUUCAGGCAACAGUACAGCCACAGCCAACAGUUCAGCCAACAGUACAGCCAACAGUUCAGGCAACAGUUCAGGCAACAGUUCAGGCAACAUUACAGCCAACAGUUCAGGCAACAGUACAGCCAACAGUACAGCCAACAGUUCAGCCAACAGUUCAGGCAACAGUUCAGGCAACAGCACAGGCAACAGUUCAGGCAACAGUACAGCCAACAGUACAGCCAACAGUACAGGCAACAGUACAGCCAACAGUUCAGGCAACAGUUCAGGCAACAGUUCAGGCAACAUUACAGCCAACAGUUCAGGCAACAGUACAGCCAACAGUACAGCCAACAGUUCAGCCAACAGUUCAGGCAACAGUUCAGGCAACAGCACAGGCAACAGUUCAGGCAAAAGUACAGCCAACAGUACAGCCAACAGUACAGGCAACAGUUCAGGCAACAGUUCAGGCAACAGUACAGCCACAGCCAACAGUUCAGCCAACAGUACAGCCAACAGUUCAGGCAACAGUUCAGGCAACAGUUCAGGCAACAGUUCAGGCAACAGUACAGCCAACAGUACAGCCAACAGUACAGGCAACAGUACAGCCAACAGUUCAGGCAACAGUUCAGGCAACAGUUCAGGCAACAUUACAGCCAACAGUUCAGGCAACAGUACAGCCAACAGUACAGCCAACAGUACAGCCAACAGUUCAGGCAACAGUUCAGGUAACAGCACAGGCAACAGUUCAGGCAACAGUACAGCCAACAGUACAGCCAACAGUACAGGCAACAGUUCAGGCAACAGUUCAGGCAACAGUACAGCCACAGCCAACAGUUCAGGCAACAGUUCAGGCAACAGUUCAGGGCACUUGUUGGAUAAUAUUUGUAAGGAUGGUCGAGCAUGA